ACCACACUGUUGAAACGUUUCACUGUGGAUCAGAUCAUUUGGAUAGGAGUCAUGGCUUACCAAUUCAAACUGGCUGAGAAACUAGUUAUACUCAAUGACAGGGGUCAAGGAGUGCUAGUAAGGAUGAACCAUAUUAAAAAGAUUUGUACAGAUUCAAAACGAAGACCAUUCUACCUUACUGACAAAAGCAUGGAGUCUGCCAUAAAAUACAUAAACAGAAAAUUUCCCAACAUCGACUUCAGGGGAAGCAGUCAACAUCUGAGUGGCAUUCAGAAGCAGAAAUCUGCUGUUGUGGAUGGUCUCCACAGUUACUAUGAGUCCUUCAUUGAUGUCAUGGAGUUCAGGGAUCAUGUUUAUGAGUUGCUCAACACAAUAGACGCAUGCCAGUGCUUCUUUAACAUUGCUGUGAAUUUUGACCUCACCAAGAACUACCUGGAUCUUAUCAUCACUUACGCCUCAGUCAUAUACAUGUUGUCUCGUAUUGACGACAAGAAAGCUAUUGUGGGAAUGUAUAACUGUGCAUAUGAACUGUCCAAAGGAAACAGUGAUCCUGCAUACCCUCGACUUGGACAGAUGUUCUUAGAGUAUGAUCAUCCCUGGAAGAAACUCUCAGAGGAGUUUGGUCCUCACACCAAGUCUGUGACAGAAGCUCUGCUCUCACUGCACCUGGUGUAUCCCCGGAGGAACCUGACAGCAGAACAGUGUCGCAGUGCUCAACUCCUGUCACUCCUGGCAUCUCCUGCAGCCAUGCUCAGUCCUGCGUGCUGUGAAACUAUGGCUUGUGAGUAUCUGUCUAUGGAGGUGAUGGAACGCUGGAUUCUUAUUGGCUUCCUGUUGUGCCAUAGCAGUCUACAUACAAACACUGCCUCCCAGAAUUUAUGGAAGAUGGCUCUUCGUAAUGGUCUGUACAUCACGGUCAUCAGAGAUGAGGUGUUGAACAUACACAAGGUCUCAGAGGACAUCUUUGAUGGUCAAAAAGGAUGCAGCAAGCGCAUUGCUGACAUUAAAGAAUGCAAAGAGUUUGCCAUUGUUAACUGUGGGGCAUUGCGAAGAGAGAAGCGUAGUUUCCUAAGAAACGCCCUGAAAGAACUUACCAAGAUUUUGGAGGAUGAACCUGCACUGCUUGGACCCAAGGUGUUAUAUGUGUUCAUGGCACUGUCGUUCUCGCGUGAUGAAGUGCUCUGGCUUGUGCGUCAUGCAGAGAACAUCCCAAAGACCAAGACACCUGAGGAUUAUGCUGAUUCAAGGAUUGCAGAGCUCGUGUACUACAUGGAGAAGCUGCGAGCGCUUUUGACUCAACACAGUUAUGUCAUACAGCGUUAUCAUCUUCAGUACCUGUCACAGUAUGAUGCUCUAGCGCUCAAUGAUACCAUUCAGGGUAUGCUCGUCUGUCCAGAGGAAGAGUCUGUUCUGAUGUCAUCAUUUGUCUCAACUCUGUCUGCAAUGAGUCUCAAACACUUGGACAGCAGAGAAGAAUUUGACUUCAAACCAUUUAGACUGGACUGGUUAAGACUGCAGGCAUACACCAGUAUUGGAAAAGCUCCUCUGGCACUGAAGGACUAUCCUGACCUUGCCAAGAUCAUGAACAUGACACAGUUUCACACCAGAAUGAUGGACAGUGUAAAUGAACUUCUCUAUGAAACAGCAGAUCUCUCUAUUCUGUGUUUCCAUGCACGUGUGUUUGAGAAGCUGUUUUCUCAGUGCAGUGAGGACGUGUUGAUGCAGCGACACCUCAUGGCAUUUCCGCUUGUCUGUUCUCACUUCAGUGAGUGUCUACACCUGCUGUGCCCAGAGGAGACUGAAGAACUGGAGAGGCAGAGUUUGAAGCUGUGUGUGACAUUCCUGGAGGAAAUCGCUCGUCAAGCAUGUACAGUUGUGUUGGAGAUCUGUGCUGAACAGUGUAACCUACAUGAGAAGUUAUUGGCCAAACACAGUGCUGAGACCAUCAGUACAGCACGCAAUAAAAAACUGAGGAAACCCGUAGCAAAGAAAGGUGAUGUGCCCAAGGAAAAACCAGGAACAGAGAGCCACAGGAAGGACAGAGCCAUCAUCACAAAUCUGGAUAAGAUGCACCAGACACUCACAGAGCUGUGUGCCUCCUACAGUAUUUGCACUGACUUCACAGUGUUCAAACACAUCAUCAUACCAUCAGAGUUCCUGCUUUCACAGCUGGAGAUCAGACUUACCAAGGUGAUUGUUCAAAUGGCCAGUUAUAACCAGAGCAAUCAGGAUAUUGCCAGACCCUCUGAUCUACUGGCUGGGAUUCAAGCAUAUGUCACCACUCUGCACAGUCUUGGCUGCUACAUCAACAUUGAUGUAUCACGGCUGGUGAAGAAUGUGCUGUUGCAGCAGACGCAACCGUUGGACUCAUAUGGAGCUCAGACCAUCACAACACUCUAUACAAACUGGUUUCUGGAGGGUCUCUUGCGUCAGGCCAGCAGUGCUCUCAUAGUCCACUGUCCCACCAUUCAAUGUUUUAUAAACCAGAAUAUUGAGAAUGUGCAGAGCUUUCGUGCUGAGGAAUACUCUGACAUUUGUGAGUUGAGCUCUUUGGCUGAACUGAUUGGCCCCUAUGGAUUGAAGUUUUUAAAUGAGAACCUCAUGUGGCACAUCAUAUCCCAAGUUGGAGAACUGAAGAAACUUGUAAGUGACAACAUGGAUGUCCUAGUGCAAAUGAGAGCUAACUUUGAGAAACCUGAAGCAAUGACUGAACUUCAAAAGAAACUGACAGGCAGUGAGAAUGUGUUGAAGAGAAUGACCAUUAUUGGUGUGAUUCUGUCGUUUAGGAACAUGGUUCAAGAUGCUCUGCAGAAGAUCAUGGACAAGCACUGCCCAUAUCUAAUGAGACCAAUCAAAUGCCUGAAGGACUUUAUCUACCCUGACACUGACAUAAAGGUGACUCUCGGUGUAUACGAAAUAGCCUCCGCAGCUGGUUUGCCAUGUGAAAUCGACCCUGCGCUGGUUUCAGCAAUAGCUAACAUGCAGACAGACAACUCAUCCAUUGAGGAGGAGUUCAAAAUCACCUGCCUGCUGCUGGUCUAUAUAGCUGUGUCUUUACCCACCCUAUGUCUGGAUCCAAACUCCUUCUACAGCCGAGAACAUGGAGGUCAUCAAAACAACAUCCACUGUUUGGCCACUGCAAUAAACCAACUUGCUGCAGCUAUGCUCACUGUCCAGAGGAAAAACAUCCAGAUACAUCUGCAAGAGUUCCUGAAGGUGGCGUCCUCUGUCUUACUGCAGCUUGGUCAGAAUAUGGAGCGACUGGAAAUUAAGAACAGAGAUUCAGUUUAUCUCCUUCUACACAUGAUAUCUAAGGAGUCACCAUUCUUGAGUCAAGACAUGCUGGAAAUGUGUUUUCCAUAUGUUCUCCUGCGAAACGCUUACAGAGAGGUGCAUAAGACCUUCGUCCACACUAUGGGAUAAAUGGAGUGACAAGACUUAUGAGGAUAUAAAAUCAUGAUUUCAUUUUUAAAUGUAUCAUCAUUAAUGGCAUGCAUAACUGAUUUCUGCAUGUUGUGUUGUGUUACUAAUUUUAAAAAAAAAUCUAAUUUCAACGCUUCUAAUCAUCAUCCAUACUGUAAACCCUAUUCGUUUUUUAAACAUUUUGGAGGAAAAAAAAGGAACUAAUUUGAAUAAAUCUGUAUAUAUGGGGCAUCAAUUAUUUCAGGAAAUAUAGAGUUUUGAGUCAAAAGUCCAGUGGUUUGCUGGUUGCAAACACCUAUUUCAAAAUAAUAUUAGAAACAUUUUUGUCCUCCAAACUAAAAUGUCAAUAUCAGCAUAUUUUUGCUAUAGCUGUUAACUAAAGAAGUUAACAAUAAAACCACAGUGAUAUACAUGCAGUCUAGAGUCAACUACUGAAUGUAAUGAAGGUAGAUUUGAACUGAAAGAUUGAAUGUUUUCAGGACAUGGGUACAGUGUAUUACAUAAAUGUCAGGUCGGGGCUUGUCACAUGUGUUUUAAAUGUGAUAAAUGUAUACAAUAUAUGAAUUACAGUAUUUUUUGGCCAAACAAUUGUUUGAUAUUUUUGUAUGUUACAUUUUCCAUUUUUGUUGUUUCAUUAAUUGUUUUAUGCUUCAUAUUUGCAUGUUGGAAUAAAAUGAGU